GGCUGAACGUCAGAUAAACACUGUUGGUUAGCUUUAGCUGCUGUUAGCUUCAAAUAUCAACAGUCGCAGUUUGUGUCGCACUUUACACACAAACUAACUAUCUUUCCUACUAAACCAUCGUGCUAACAUUGCUAAGCGUCGUUUAGCUAACCUAGGAGACACUAAUGUUGUUGUUAUGAUAUUAACGUUACAUAACAUGGCGGUAAGCUGUUGAUGCUUAAAAACAGCCUGUGGUUUUUAACUUUUCACGCCUGUUUUUAGUCAUUUUAUUGGCAUUAGUCGUGUUUCACAAUGGGAGUGAGCAGGAUCUACAUUAGCUUAGCUUAUGCUACAUUCGGGACCCUGGUUGGACUGUCGGCUUUCCUGGUCUGGAACAUCGCCUACAAACAGCCGUGGACCGCAGCCAUGGGAGGCCUGUCAGGUGUUCUGGCGUUCUGGUGUCUCGUCACACACGUCAUGUACCUGCAGGACUUCUGGCGCACGUGGCUCAAAGGCCUGAAGUUCUUCAUCGCUGUGGGGGUGAUCUUCUCCAUGCUGGCGGUCGCCGGCUUCAUCACAUUCCUCACGCUCGCCAUCACUCAGAAGCAAACCCUCAGUGACCCCCGCAGCCUCUACCUGUCCUGCGUCUGGAGCUUCCUCACCCUGAAGUGGUCCUUCCUCCUCGCCCUGUACUCCUACAGAUACCGGCAGGAGUUUGCAGACAUCAGCAUCCUCAGCGACUUCUAGUCCGGAGGAUUUAUAUGAAAAAAGACUGCCAUGGACUCAGAGAGGUUUAUAUUAACAGGUCGAAGAGCUUCUGGAACAAAGAGGACGGAUUGAAGUCACCUGACUUUACGGAGUAGUUGCACUUGCUUAACGAGCUGAAUAUGUUUGUGUCGUUUCCUGUUCUCCUACUUUAUAACCCACAUGUUAUAUUCCUGUAUGUAGAUUAACCUCUGGAGCCGCUUCUGAGGCAUGAACGUGGACCGACGAGUUUUCAGAGACAGAUGUUUUCUCUGGAUCUGUUUCACUCUUUAAUAUAUGGAGGCAGAUUUAUCUGAAUAUUAAGUGCAGGGUUUUUUUCUAGAAGAACCGCCGGUCUAAAUGAAGCCCCGCCCACAUUCAGGUGAAAAUCCUGCAUCAGAGCGAAGCUGAAAGUAAUACUGUCUUAAAGCUGCUGAGUCAUAUAUCGCACCUCAAACAACAAAUAGAUCCAGAGCUCUGGUUCCUUUACUUCCUCUCCAGAAAAAAGGAGAGUAAAAGAAAGGAUCAGAAAACUCAGUCUCAGUGUCAGCCUGCUGCCUGCCACUCGUCCCCCGCAGACCCCCCGGACAUCCAUCCCCUAUUUAUUCUCCGUAAGCUGUCUCUGCCGUCUGACCAGACAUCUGACCCCAUCUCCAUAUCUCUGGACUCAGUAAACCCUUUCUGACCCACAGAGAGAUUGUUUCCUGGCAUCACUGUAACAUUUUACAGAGGAAAUCUGCAUUUUGGUUUGAGGGUGCAGAGACCCUGUUACCUGGUUUAAACUAAACCUUAAUUGAUUUAUUCUCUUAAUUAAUAUUAAAUCCCCCCACUGUUAGACUUUUAAUCCAAUGGUUGAAAUGAAAGUAAAUGCUCUAAACUAAAACCUGAAGCCUCUCAGCUGAUCGCUCUGUCGAAUGUUCCUAAAUUAGCUUUUUGAACACACACUUUUACCUUCAUCAGUGACGCAACUAAAGAAAGCAUUUUUUUAAAGCUUCAAUUACCAAUAUGAAUAGUUGCACUCGUAUUCAAAGCUUUAUGUUUUCCUCGGAUGCGUUGCUGUGGGAGUGGUGUACUUCACCCUCUGUCCACCAGGGGGAGACUGGCUUUUUUUUGGGGUGUGUUUCUUCUGGAAAAUCAUGACAUUCCUCUUGCAAAUGAAUCUGAUGAAUGAUUGCACUUUAGUCCUGAUAUUGAUGCCGUUGUUUUGCACAAAAAGAAAUCACAUGGUCACCCCUGUCCCCUCCUUCUUUUUUGUAAUGUUUAGUUCUGAUUGUUAAGGUAAAGCUGCUCGUAUGUGUUUUAGCUCCAGCUGUUGCGUUUAAAACGUGUACAUGUAUUUCUGUUGAUGCCGGGUUGCUUCGUGUAAAUGUAAACCCAUUAAAGCUGCAUUUAUUGUUAAUUAA